AUGAUCAUCCCUCACGUUAUCUUGGCCAUGGUGGCAUCUACUCUUCUCGGUGCCCUUAGCAUGACUGGUUGGCACUCGGUCUACGGCAAGCAGCGUAUCAAGCCUGUAAGCGAGCACGUCAUCAACAUUUGCCAAAUCCACCACCGUCUUCUCACGACAUAUCCGACCCAGAAACCUACCACCUUCUUCCAACAUCUCGGCCUGAACCACAGCGAGGCACCGUUCACUGAUCCACGCUGGCUCAUCCCCGGAGAGGCCGCCAACGACAAGGCGCUCGACACCAUCAACAAGAAGUGGGCGGAACGGGUGCAACGGCUCCUCAACAGCCCGCGCGAAUCAGAGGAUGAACAAGCCCUGUACAGCAGAGUGGCGGAGGCGAUGCAGGACCACCAACUCAUGGCGGUGUACAUGUACAAGUUCAUGCCCGAGCUAGUCAAGAGCCAGGGCGGUCUCAAGUGGCUGAAGAAGACUUGCAGCCAGACUUGA